AUGGGGUGUGUCCAAACUCGCCCAGAAUCAGCUGAAGAAAAUGGAAUAGUACAAUCAGAAAAAUGCUUAGGCUUUCAUAUACAAAAAUCUGCUAAAAUAGAUGCAGUUUUAAGGAAAUUUUCGACUAAUGGAGUUUUAACUGAGGCUCAGCUCAAUAACUGCUCGGCUUUGCUAAAAAUAAACACAACAAAUUAUGGUAUUUAUAAAAACAUUAAUGAUAUGCUUACUCCCCCUUCGUGAGAGAGCAAAAAAAAUUUAUACGCUCAUAGAGGGGUUAAUUUGUUUUAAAAAAUUUAUAUAUAAAUUUUAUAAUAAUUUUUUUUUCAAAAUUUAAAAAAAUUCCAAGUCGCGAAAAUUGGAAAGUAAAUAUUAUUUAAUUUGUAAAUAUAUUUAUUUAAUUUGUAAAAUUUACGUUUUAAAAUUGUUCAAAAUUAAGCAGAAUUAGCUAGAGAUUUCAUUAUACUAAUAGUCACUUAUAUUUCAAAAUUAUUUUUUCAUAAAACAAUUUUUGUUCGAUCACGGAUGGUGGGUUUUUGGAAAAAAAUAGGGAUAUUUACAAUGGUUUGUUCGCUCACGGAGGGGAGAGUUAGCAAAAUUCGCAAUGAAGAGGGUGAUUGUUAUUUACAAGACUUAUUAGUCAUUGGAAUUUUAUUAGGAAAAGGAACUAAUGAAGAAAAUGCUACAUUAAUUUAUCAAGCAUUUGAUGAAAAAAUGGAAAACAGCAUACCUAAAGAGAGGCUGGAAUCAGAAGUUCUAGAAAAAAUGUUUAAACAUAGUUUAGUUACUUUGGGAAGCUUAUAUUGUAACACUAUUUACCCUAAUUCAAAUGAGUUGAAAAAUUUGAAAUAUAUCACAGAUUUACUCCAUGUAAAAUCUCUAUGUAUUUCUCAAAUUUCUUCACGCAUGUGUGAAUUUUCUAUAUCAACUAUAGCUAAUGAACUGUGAUUGAUUAUCAUUGAAAAUUUAGAACUAUAAUUUAAUUGGUGUCUUCUACAUCUUAGACAAGAGCAAUUAUCAUUUAGAUAAACAUUCCGAGCUAAAUAACAUUUCUUAAGUUUCAAACUAUUUUAUUCUAAUUUCAUAUUAUUUACAAUUAAAUGAUACUUCUCUCAUUCUAUAUAAAAAGUAGCUAUUUUGAGGGAAAUGGCUCGAGCCCAAUUUUGGGAUCAAAAGUGAUAUGAUAAAGAUGGUUGACAAAUAAGUGAGCUAAUUUUUAAAAUGGCAUUAUAAAAUGAAUUUUAAAUUAUGAUAUGUAUAUUAGUCAGCAUUGAUGAAUGAAGUUCUUACUCCCCCCCCCCCUCCGUGAGCGAACAAAAAAAAUUUUGUUCGCUCACGGAGGGGGGUUAAUUUUUUUUUUUAAAAAAAAUUUAUAUAUAAAUUUUAUAAAAAAAUAUUUUUUUCGAAAUUUAAAAAAAUCCUAAUUUGCAAAAAUUGGGAAGCAAAUAUUAAUUUUAAUUUGCAAAAUUUAUGUUUUAAAACGCAAUUUGUUUAAAAUUAAACAGAAUUAGCUCUAGAUUUCAUUAUACUAAUUAUCACUUAUAUAUCAAAAUUUUUUUCCAUUAAAAUUUUUUCUAUUAAAAAAAAUUUUGUUCACUCACGGAGGGUGGGUUUUUGGUCAAAAAAUGGCGAUUUUUCUAAUGGUUUUGUUCGCUCACGGAGGGGGGGGGGGGGAGUUAAAGCCUCAUAUUAAUUGGAUUUAAUAAAAUAAAAGUAAACAUUUAAUAAACUUCCAAAAACUUGUUUUCUAUUAGUGCUUUAGCAGUCAUUUCAAUUUUAAGAAGUAAUAUCAAAUUAAAUCUGAUUAAUUCAGCUUUUAUAUGCAAAGUUUGGAGCCGUUGGAUGAUGACUCUAUAUGAAUUUCUUAAAACCCCUUAUGAAUUUACUAUAGUAAAAUGUAACUCUGAAUGCUUAUCUAUAUGAUGAUGGUGUUUGUCCAAGAUAUAGAGAUUUCAAGUCAAUUAUAGCGUUAAAUUUUCAAUGAUAACGGUCAAUAGUGGUGCAUGAGCUAUAUAACAGAAGAACAUUUCGUUAGGUUUAUAAGCACUUUUAUGAAUGGAUCUCUGCUAACUCCUGCUGGGCUAAGAGGUUAUAUGAGAGAUACAUAUGCUUUACAUCCUCCUAGAAAAACAUAUUCGACACCCUACACAAGAAGAUUAGCAAAUGCAAAGGAGCAGAAACAUGAAAAAAUAAAUAAACAAAGGAAUAAAAUAUAA